CUGUUCUCUCUUCUACCACUCUUCUACAACACCUGGCAUCAUUUGAAAAAGCUAAGCCUCUCUGCUGGGUGCCUACAGUUGGAGCACAAACGCCGAGAUUUCACCUCCGCUGGGAGUAGGAAGCUCUACUUUGACACCCAUGCCUUAGUGUGUUUAUUUGAAGAAAAUGGGUUUACUACUCAACAAGCAGAAAUCAUUGUAUCUGCAUUGGUGAAGAUCACGGAGGCCAACAUGGAUAUCGUCUACAAAGACAUGGUCACCAAGAUGCAACAGGAGAUCACUCUUCAGCAAAUAAUGUCUCAGAUUUCUAACGUGAAAAAAGAUAUGAUUAUUUUGGAGAAGAGUGAAUUUUCAGCCCUCAGAGCAGAAAAUGAGAAAAUAAAACUUGAACUACAUCAGUUAAAACAACAAAUAAUGGAUGAAGUGGUCAAGGUCCGCACAGACUCCAAAUUAGACUUCAAUCUAGAAAAGAGCAGAGUAAAAGAAUUGUAUUCAUUAAACGAAAGGAAGCUGCUGGAAAUGAAGACAGAAAUGGUGGCAUUGCAUGCCCAGCAAGAUCGGGCCGUCACCCAGACAGACAGGAAGAUAGACACUGAGGUUGCUGGCCUCAAAACCAUGCUCGAGUCGCACAAGCUUGAUAAUAUUAAAUAUUUAGCAGGGUCUGUUUUUACAUGCCUAACAGUAGCUCUGGGAUUUUAUCGCCUGUGGAUAUAAUAAAGUGUAUAUUUAAAGAGA